GGCGGCGGCGCGGACAAAUGGCGCCCGCGGCAGCGGGUGUGGAGGACGCGCCCCCCGACGGGGAGGACCUGGUCCGCUGGAGCUACCAGGCCCUCGUGGACUCCUUCGGGGCGUACCACGGAAGCGAUGCGGAAGGCGUGCGGGCUGCCAGACCUCUGAGGCAGCUGGCAUGCCGCAUCGCCGGCCAGCGGGCCUUCGAGACCAACGACAAUGUCCCCGAGGAAGGCGAGGAGGAGCUGGAGGACGAGGAUGUGGACGACGAUGACGAGGAGGAAGAGGCCCCCGCGCCGAAGGGAAAGGGCCGCCGAGGCGCCAAGGGCGGCAGGGGCGGCAAGGGCGGCAAGGGCGGCAAGGGCGGCAAGGAGGGCCGAGGCGGCUGGCGGCUGGCGGGCCCGCGGGACCACUUCGGGGGCGCCGGCGUGGCCGCGCGGAGCCCCCUGCUGCUGCAGUCGCGCGGGACGGCCGCGGCUGGCGUACCUCCGGCUGGCAGCUUCCUGGGCCACGGCGGCCGCGCGGGCGGCGUCGGCACAGCGGGCGAGCAGGGUGCCAGCGCUUGCUCGGCGGCCGCGGCACCCGGCGAGGUGGUGCUGGAGCCGCGGCGGGGCGACGACGGCGAGGGCGAGGGCGAGAUCGGGCCCGAGCAGGCGGCGGAGUGGAUGGAGUAUUCCUCUUGCUGGCGCAUGCGCUGGGCAGAGGGUCCCCAGCUGCCGCUAUUCUCAGAGCAGGGCAGGGUGAGACAAGGGUGACGUUUUUGCCUUUUUCGCCUCCGAGGGGACUCCUCGUCGACACGGCUGGACGCAACGUGAAAAAUCGCUGCGUUUGGACCCCGGGA